CAGAAAAAUAUCUUUUUCGACGUCCUGUUGUCACGCGUUAAGCGACUCUUCCAAAAUGGCGAAGCGCACGAAGAAGGUCGGAAUCACCGGUAAAUAUGGAACUCGUUAUGGUGCCUCUCUCAGGAAAAUGGUCAAGAAAAUGGAAAUCUCACAACAUUCAAAAUACACAUGCACAUUUUGUGGAAAGGAAGCAAUGAAAAGGAGUGUCGUUGGAAUUUGGUCGUGCAAACGUUGCAAAAGGACGGUCGCUGGUGGUGCCUGGGUAUUAUCCACAACCACAGCAUCAGCUGUAAGGUCAGCCGUGCGUCGAUUACGUGAAGUUAAAGACCAGUAAAAUUAGUUGAAUAAAAAUCUAUUUAAGUAAUUUUAACUUGCUUUUUUCUUUAUUUUAUAUAUCUUUUUUUAUGAAUCUUUUAAACAGUGUUGAAAAUUUUUAAAGAUAUCAAGCAAUUGUGAGUAGGAGAAUUAAAAAUGAGGGAAAAAAAUAAAAGUUUUACAUAUCUGAA